AUGUCAAAUCCAAGUACUUCGAAUGUUCAACCAACAUCUUGGAAUAAUGUUCCACUGAAAGAAAAUCGAGUUGCUCGAAGAAAAAUUAACUUUGAUUGCGAUAUCAAUGAUGCAUUUUCUAGUAUGAAAAUCAUUAGCUCAGAUCAAAUGCUCAAGCCAAAGACAAUUUCAAUGCCACUUCAAAAACCACAUGCAAUUCCACUUCCAAGAAAUCGGCCAUAUUUAUGUCCAGCGAACUUUUCCAGCGACGAUUAUGAAAUCGCUGAAUUCCGAUAUUAUCUGAGAUCUUAUAAAAAUCAUAUUCAACGUGCUCGUCAACAAUUAAUCGACCGACAAAAUGAUUUCGAAAUCGAGGAAUAUCCACGAACUUCGACUCCUAUUUCACCAUCUUCUUCAACUUCGAGUUCGACUUCAAAUUAA